AUGGUCAGUUUGAGCUGCAUCGGUGUCCUUUUACUGGGAGCCUGUUGCGUUUGCGCGUAUGUUCCACUGUCACUCGAGGCGGUCCUUACACGCGUCAAACGAGCUCCUUUGGCGAGUGGUGCUGGUGACCGAAGACUUCGAAUCGUUGGUGGCUCCAAAGCACCCAUCGAGGACGUUCCUUAUCAGGUGUCACUGAGGUACCUUCAAACGCACGUUUGCGGAGGUUCCAUCGUGUCCCACUCGUGGGUCGUAACGGCGGCUCACUGUCUGGACUGGUACCCGAGGAACGCCGAGCUUUCAGUGCGCGCGGGUAGCGGCUUCCUUUCGGCGGGUGGAUCAACUCACGAGGUAUUCUUCUAUCACCUGCACGAGCAGUACGAUGCAAACGGCUUUCAGUGGGAUGUGGCCACAGUUCGCGUGCGAACGCCCAUGGUUGGUCCAGGACGAUCGCCUAUUCCACUAGCGACGGUCAAGUCCCGAUGGCCGAGUCCUGCCGCGGGUCCCAUAGUGCUCGUGAGCGGUUGGGGUUACCUGACCGCUAAAGGCCACGUGGUUGACGACUUGCGCGUGGUUCGGUUGCACGCCAUCGAACACGAGAGCUGCAACAGCACGUGGGAAGGCUACGUCACACCGGACAUGGUGUGUGCCGGAGGUCAGGGAGUGGAUGCGUGUGAUGGAGACAGUGGAGGGCCGGCCGUGGUGAACGGGGUUUUGCUAGGAAUCAUCUCCUGGGGAGCCAUCGAGUGUGGGAGUGGAUUGCCUGGGGUUUUCACCAACAUCGCCCACCCGUCGGUAAGGAAUUUCAUUCACCGCACAACGAUGUUGUGA